GAGGAAAAGAGACUAGCCGACUGUGCAGGUUGGGAUCCGAGCUCUUGGCUUCCGGGAGGCGUCCAGAGCGCAAUCCCGAAAGACGGGAGGGGAGCCGGAGAAGGCAGGAGCGGAGCUGGCUGGCGGGCUCCCUCCUCCCUCCCCGGCCCCGCGCCGCCCCCUCCCCCGUCACCGCCCCUCCCCCCUCCCGGGCUGCACACGGGAGCCGGCUCCUGAGCGCCGCGGAGCUCGGCUCCUCCUUCCCUGGCUGCCGCAGCUUAGCUCGGCUCCUCUGGAUCGCGGCUCUCUCUGUCUCUGCUCCUCGAGGAGAAGGAGGAGGAGGAGGAGGAGGAGGAGGAGGAGAGGAGGCUUCUCGCCGCUCGCUCGCACCCCCCACCCCCCGGCCGGGAAAAGCCGAUGUGCCGGGGCCGCAGAGACUGCGACUCCGGCGGCGGCGGCGGCGGCGGCGGCAGCGCCAGGGGUGGCGGAGGCUAAGAAGCCGGAGAGCCAGGCUGCGGUCCCGGUCCCCGCGAGCCGGCCUCUCCCGCCCCCUGGAGCCCUUGCCCGCCGCCGGGGCCAGCGCACGUCCGUCCUCCGCGGCUGGCGGAGCUGCUGCAGCGCGGGCCGGAGGGCCGGCAGGAGCGGCGGCGGCUCCGCGGCAGCUUUACUCCGAGCCCUCCCGGCUCCCCGGCGGGGAGGGGAAGCCGGCCGGCAGUAGGUGCCCGGCCCAGGGCGGCAUGGGCACGGCUUGACGCAUACACUGACCCGGGGCGAGGGGCGCCGCCGGCGGGACGCAGCGGCCGCCGGGCUGAGCGCUUCGCGACCCUGCACUCAUUCCGGGGAGGAGGAGGAGGACGGGGAGAAGGAGCAAAAGGGGACGGGGAAGGGUGGGAGGGGUGUCUGCUUUUUUUUAACAGCAGGUGUUAUUUUUUAAAACCCACAUUGGCAUUGCCCUCUGACCCGGGCAGGCAGGGCGCCGAAGGAGGCGCCGCAGUAGUGCCACCGGCGGCUUUCUCGCCUCCCCCUCUCUCUAUGUGCAUCUCUCCGUGCGGCGGCGGGUCGCGAGGAUGGCGAUAGACCGGCGACGCGAGGCCGGAGGCGGCGGCGGACCGAGACGCCACCAGCCUCCUCCGGAGGAGAACGGCUCCCUGCCGGCCGGGGAGGCUGCGGCUGCAGCAGCCCCCCUGGGAGGUCCGGCUGUCGACGUGGGGGACAUCCAGACCCUGCCGCCUCUCCCGGCCCCAGGGGCCCCCGGGGGAGCCCCGCAGCCCAGCUGCUGCUCCUCGUCCUCUGCCCCUAAUCUCCUUCUGCUGGACUAUGACGGGUCGGUGUUGCCCUUCCUCGGGGGGCUGGGCGGAGGCUACCAGAAAACGCUGGUGAUCCUCACCUGGAUCCCGGCACUGUUUAUUGGCUUCAGCCAGUUUUCGGACUCUUUUCUCUUGGACCAGCCGGAAUUCUGGUGCCGAGGGCCCCAGGAAGGAGCUGGCUUCGUGGGGGCCGCCGCCACUGGCAGGAUGGGCAUCGGCGACUUUGGGAACUGGACUAGUACCCCUGCGACCUUUUCUACGGCCACCUGGAGACCAGUGAGCAACCUGAGUAAUAGUAGCCUGGGAGCAGCAGAGGUGGACUACACGCUGCCUCUGCAGCCCCCUCCGGACAAAGAAGACCUCAACUCCAGCAACUGCCUGUGCCACCAAUGGCACUACCGCAUCCGAGCCGGUCUCGUCCAAAACGUAGUCAGCAAGUGGGAUCUUGUGUGUGACUCUGCCUGGAAGGUCCAUAUUGCUAAGUUUUCCUUACUGGUUGGUCUAAUCUUUGGCUAUCUAAUAACUGGAUGUAUUGCUGACUUGGUUGGCCGGAGACCGGUGCUACUCUUUUCCAUCAUAUUCAUUCUGAUCUUUGGAUUGACUGUGGCGCUUUCAGUGAAUGUGACAAUGUUCAGCACACUCAGGUUUUUUGAAGGAUUUUGCCUGGCUGGAAUAAUCCUUACCUUGUAUGCACUGAGAAUAGAACUUUGUCCUCCUGGACAUCGGUUCAUGAUCACAAUGGUGGCAAGCUUCAUAGCAAUGGCAGGACAGUUCCUCAUGCCAGGCUUGGCAGCCCUCUGCAGGGACUGGCAAGUCCUCCAGGCUCUCAUCAUCUGUCCUUUUCUUCUGAUGCUUCUCUACUGGUCUAUUUUCCCAGAGUCCCUCCGGUGGCUAAUGGCCACACAGCAGUUUGAACCAGCAAAGAAGUUGAUCCUGCACUUCACACAGAAAAACCGUAUGAAUCCUGAGAAUGAUAUCAAAGGAGUGAUGCCGGAACUGGAGAAGGAACUUUCCAGGAGGCCCAAGAAGGUCUGCAUUGUGAAAGUGGUGGGGACAAGGAAUCUAUGGAAAAACAUUGUGGUCCUGUGCGUGAACUCGCUGACUGGGUUUGGGAUCCACCACUGCUUUGCUAGGAGCAUGAUGGGCCACGAGUUGCCCCUGCUCACGAAUUUCUAUGCUGACUACUACACCACGGCGGGCAUAGCCUUAGCUUCCUGCCUGGCCAUGUGUUUGGUGGUCAGGUUCCUGGGCCGCAGGGGCGGGCUGCUGCUGUUCAUGAUCCUCACAGCCCUGGCCUCCCUUUUGCAGCUUGGCCUUCUCAAUCUGAUUGGAAAGUACAGCCAACAUCCAGGCUCAGGAAUGAGUGAAAAAGUCAGAGAGAAAUUCUCUACCACAUUUUCCAUUGUGGGUAUGUUCGCCUCACACGCUGUGGGAAGUCUCAGCGUUUUCUUCUGCGCAGAGAUCACCCCAACAGUAAUAAGGUGCGGAGGCUUGGGCCUGGUCCUGGCGAGCGCAGGCUUCGGGAUGCUGACGGCCCCGAUCAUUGAGCUGCACAACCAGAAGGGCUACUUCCUUCACCACAUCAUCUUUGCUUGCUGUACUCUCAUCUGCAUUAUCUGCAUCCUCCUCCUGCCAGAGAGUAGGAAUCAGAACCUUCCGGAGAACAUCCUUAAUGGCGAACAUUACACACGGCAGCCCCUCCUGCCCCAUAAGAAGGGAGAGCAACCCCUCCUGCUCACAAACUCAGAACUCAAGGAUUACUCUGGCCUCCAUGACGUGGUCGCCAUGGGGGACGGGCUGCCGGAAAAUGCCACGGCAAACGGGAUGAAGUCCAUGUAACUGGGCUGGCUUUGUCACUUCAGGAGGGGAGCCCUUUUAGGGUCAGAUUUUCUUUUUGUCCGGCACAGGUUUACAGACCUGUAACAAUGGCAGGUACGGCCAACUUGGAAAAAGGAAAGGUCAAAUCUGCUGCUCAAGCCACUUAAAUCACAGGAGACUUUCAAUCGGUGUAAGGAAAUUUCUGCUGACUGGAAAGCAUCAGGAUGAUGUAUUUAAGGGGAAAAACUGGCGGAGAGAUCCCUUCAAAGACUUUCUUUUUCUGCCAUUAAAUGUUUGUAUUUAUUUUGGUCAUUUUUACAAGAAGCACUUUAUUCCCUUUUCCUCUCAUUAAUCACAAAGCAAAAUGAACCUUCUCUUAAGGAGAGAUACAGUCAUUCCAAGGAAGCAACUUUUAGAAACAAAGCAAAAAGUAAUAAUAAUAAUAAUAAUCCAAACCUGAAAGAGGCAUCUUUUCUAUAGAAGAUGAACAUACUAUUACCCAGAAGAGCAAAAAGUGAUUUCUUCCUUUUCCCAAACCCUAAUGCCGCCUGUGGGUAUAAGCAAAUGACACUGUUAUGAAUUAAACUGUGACUGCAUUUUAGACAAGGGCGGGGAAGUAAAAUUCAUUAGGUAUUAAUGGUGUUGUGGUUUAAAACAAAAGAAGUGUCAUUUUCUACAUGUAAGGUAAGACCUUCCCAUUUCAUAAUUAGAUAAAGUAGUUUACAAAUCCCAAUAAAGCAGGUAUGGUUCUUUCAUAUUGAAUAAUGAUGUUUGAAGCUCCUUUGCGGAAAAUCCUAAGCAUUUCAUUCAAAGUGAAGGAAACCCACACAACCAAUGACUGUGGAUCCAGUUUUCUGAUGCCAGGGAUGCCUAAUGAAGUGGCUAAAUCAAGAAUAGGUGUGCUGAGGCAGGAUAUAGCAUCAAAACCUGAGACUUUUACCACCCCUACCCAAAUGCCUUUCAGCUAAAAUCUCCCUAGUCCAUUAGCAGCAUCAGCUGCAGACUCUACUUGAAAGAAGAAUGACUAUUUUUAAUCAGCAAAUGAUACUGAAAAUUGACACUGACAGUGAUAGUAAAUGAAUGGAGGGAGGUGGUACAAAAAAAAAAACUUACCAGGUAUACAUGUUUAGAGCACAUACCCUCGAAGAAAGCACUUGCUUAUAUUUUACUAUCACUCUUUAAAUAUUUAUUGACGAUUUUUCUGACAUGUGGGUUAUCCUCCAGAUCCUUUGCUUCUCCCAAUCUUUUGUCCACUUCAUUUGCUUAUCAGGACACAAGCAAGGCAGGAAAGAGAGAUUAACCUUAAAUGAAUCUGUUUUCUAGUCAAAGCCUUCCCCACC